AUGAUCGAGCUAGGUAAUAGAACUCUUCAACCGAAUUUAAAGAACUUUCAACCGAAAACAUUAUGUGAAAUUGAAAUUCAUUAUGUUCAAGAACCAGAAUUAAUCAAUAGUGAUCAUAUUCAAUUUAUUAUUCCAACAACAAUUGCUCCUCGCUAUAAUUCUGAUGUUGAUAGUGAUAUUUUGAUUGAACGAAUUGAUUUCAAUAAUGUACAAUCAAUCGUUAGUUCAUUAACAGCUACUCGUCAUGCAGCAAAAUCAUUUGUUAACGAUACUCAUUCGAUUUUAGAAGGAAAAUCAUUAUAA